CCCACGCUGGCGCUGCGCUCCGCGUCUUCGUCGUGGGGCACGUGCGUCCGCUCACGUGCCGCCGUCGCUUCGCGUACGAACCUGGGACGUCACCUGCCGGUCCCUCUACGGAAUAAAACGCCACCUGCCCCCACAAACAACCUCACUUCCUUCUGCAGCCGUUCCCUCUCUUGCUACGUGACACCAGUUAUUUCCGUCGAUGACUCCCCUUUCCUUUCUAACACCGCCGUAGUUUCUCUCGAAACUCGCUGCCGUCACAUUUGCAAUGUAAGUGUUUUUCGCUUGCAAGUUCCGCGCGACUUGACAGCCGCGCGGCGGUACAUUGCGUAAUCUCGAUAUCGGCGGAAGUCGGCGACAACUGCGCAGUGGAGUGCUAGGAGGCACGCGCUAUAGCCGCAGUAGGGAACGUAAAACGCCUGUGGGACGCUUCCGGCGUAGGUGGCGCAGCCUCGAGUGGCGGGCGCGCCGAACAGAAACUUGGCAGCAAGGACGACCCCGCGUAGUGACCGAGCGAGGAACCUAUUCCCACCAGGUUGCCGACUCGUUGGCACGCGCCGUAGCCUGCGUGGCUAGCGGUACCGCUUCGUCACGUUGCCGCCAGCAGAGACUAUCCCAACCGCAGCUGUGUGUUCUUAUCUUGCCGCCUGGUGACUCGGAAAACGGCGCCGCGUGCACCGCUAGUCUUCCGGGCCUGCUGCUAGUUAUGGAGUGCGAGUGCGGUGUUAGUGUUGUGGUGAUUGUUAAUCGUGCGACGAGUAGCGAGUGUGGAUUGCGAGAAGAGCCCCGCUGCAUUGCAGCUCCGGGAGCGCCGAGACAAAGGAAGUGUGCUCUGCCCGGCCUUCACCUGGAAUAACAGCUCCCCACCGUUCCAAUCAGCUGACCGGACGGCCGCCACCAGCCAUGGUGAAGUCCAAGAAUACGGGAACCAAGGCCAAGGCGGUGCUGGUGGCGAAGCCCGGCGCCCACGGCCGGCCGAUUCGGAAGGCGGGCGUCGCAGCCGCAGCGGCGUCCGCAGUGCCCAAACGCUCCACCACCGGCUCCGUCUUCAAGCCGGACUUCACGCUGGACAAGGCGGCGGCCGAGCGGCUGAUGCGCAACAUCCAGAAGGCGAAGCGGCGCCGCUGCGUGUGCCACGCGGCCACCUCCUUCCUGGGGCUGGCCGUCUUCCUGCUUUCCGUGAUGUUGGUCAGCCUCGCCAUGACGGGCGGGCGGCGCUACUUCGGCUCCCUCUGAUCUGGCCCGACCUGAUCCGAUACAGGCCGCAAUCCCGCCUACGCUUCAGCCUCUGCGAGAAGGGACCGCCGACGAAACCUGUGUGUGUGUGUGUGUGUGUCCGUGUGCAUUCCCGCUGCAGUGUAGCAUUCGUCGUACCUGACUGCAAGACAAUUUGACGCACUGGUGCUAGAUGAUUUCGUACCCGAGAGAAACAGAAGGCAGGAACCCUUCCACAUUUAGAAAUCCGUGGGACUAUAAAGUGCUACAGUAUUUCGCCCAAAUACAAAAUGCUCUGUCCAUUUAUAAUCAGGAAAGAAAAAUUUCCCCAUCCUCGACAUAAAACACAUUUGAUACAGAAUCUCUGCUUCACUUCGCUAUUCGCUAAAAUUUCAUUUAUUUCACUCAAGUCCGUGUCACGUAAUAGUUAAAUGGUACCACGUCAUCUACCUAGACAUCAGAGGCACAUGAUCACUACUUUUUCCCUCCAAUCUGGAUGUGACAUAAUAGCGUGAACGUUGAACAUUUACUGUCUACAAUUCUUUGACACCUACAUACAAUCGAUGGUAGUAAUAAGGUUCGAGUUUAACGUCCCGUCGACAUCGAGGUCAUCAGAGACGGAGCACAAGCUCGGAUUGUUUCAAGGAUGGGGAAGGACAUCAGCCGUGCCGUUUCGAAGGAUUCAGGCCCGUAUUUGCCUGGAGCGCUUUAGGGAAAUCACGGUAAAUCUAAAUCUGGAUGGCCGGACGCGGAUUUGAACCCUUGUCCACCCGAAUGCAAGCCUAAUGUUCUAACCGCUGCACCACCCCACUCGCUCCAAAAGUAGUCAGAUGGGAACAGACUGUAAGUAUCUUCAGCAACAAUAGCUAACCUUUGCUCUGAAAUAAUCCUUCAGCAAAGGAGCAGACACAGUGUCAUUGUUGAAUCUUUUCGUUUUAAACCAUUUUUUUAAGGAAAACUGACGUUUAUGCUGUAAAAAUACACAAACUUUUCCACGGUCAUGAAAGAAUUCAACUUCGCUUCUUCGAAACGUUUAAGCUUCGAUUAACUUUUUGCUCGUAUUAAUACAGCGUUUCCCAAUCUAUGCGUUACGUGAAACUCAUUUUAAUGUCCAUUUUAAUGGUGGAAAUCCUGGUCUGUUUCUGCAGUAUGGUUUUUAUGUUGUAUAUAUGUUACAAAACUUAAGGUGCCUCACGUUUCUGAUGAUAGACAACAAAGUGCAGUAGUUGUGGGUGCGUUCUGUGAUAAGGACGACGGUGGCGCUUCGAAUCGCCUACUACUAUCACACCUUGUACACUCGUUCCCUCACUACUGAGUUUAGCGACUACAUGGUUGUCUCCUAGUCCACGAUAUAAAUGUAAAUGUCGUGCGACUAGGGCCUCCCAGCGGGCAGACCGUUCGCCGGGUUAAUACAGCGCUACUCGCUGUCAGCGUCGCAUUCGUAACGACUAUCCAAAAUAGUAAGUGGAAGCAAGGUUUAGAUGUCAUUCUAUUUCUGUAAUGUCAUAGAAAAAUUAAUUUUCAUUUCUUGGAUGUUAUGGAAAAAGUAACGUAGAGUUUGCAGAACUCUUUCAGGGAUCUCCACGAAAACACAGGGUUACGCGGAACAUAGUUUAAGAAAGCUGCGUUAAUGGAUUUCAAAACACAGUUCUCAUUUCUGACACUGGCAGCACUGCAUCACCAGUAUGGAGACUUAAUCCCGUCAUUGUACCCUACUGAGUGAGAUGCAGCACUGGUUAACACGUUUGGUCUCAUGGUCACGAGGUGUGGGCGUACAAGUGAAUCCACGUUCACAUGUUCAGUCACCAAGAUUUCGACUUUAUCUGGCUUUCCUAAACCGAAUAAGGUGAGCACAGGGAUGGUGUAUUUGAAAAGGAUGCGGUCAGAUUCUUUACCCAUCCUUUCUCCAAUGACCUCACCCGUUAGUAACACAGUAAACAAUAAUCUUCCUUCCUUAUAACCAUGUUUCAUCCAAGACGUUUGCCUCUCCACUGCCCACAUAAAAACUUGCCAGUAGUGAAGAAAAAUUACGCACAGAUUCUACGGCUGUACUACUUGUUUGCACGAAUUUCAUACAUUUCCGUAAAGCCUUGUCCUAAAACAUAGUCAGUGCCUCUUUGCCCUCAAUG